GUACGAUUAAAAUAUUGCAACCAACACAUGCACAUUUCUCGAAUUAUUACAAUUUACAAUAACCAUCUAUUGCUUAGAUUAUGAUAAUGAUGUAUAUUAACUUCAACAAUAUUAACUUCAUCCAAAGCAUACACUAUCUCGCCUUUUUAUUGGAUUCAUGUGCAUGCAUGUGAACAAACUUCCUUAUCAGUAGUACUUAUUACUGCAAAUUUAUAAUUGAAAUCUGACUCGUUAGAUAUAUAAUAUAUUCUAUAAUUACUUCUUAAGGGUUAGUUACUAGCUGGUUUUGUUUGUGUUUAACGAAAAGCUGGAGUAUUUAAAUGUACAAUGUUGUUGACCAUUAUCAAAAGAAAAGUAAUUAAUGACCCUAAUAGAAAACGAAAGGACAUGUAUAACAAUCUUAAAUAUUGAUUUGUUACGUGUUGGUUGCCGCAUAACGUGAUUUGGUUUCUACAGAAAUAACACAGCGUUACAAUAUCCACCAAUAACAACAUGAACAAAAUAUAUCAUGAAUAGCAUUUAACCAAAAUUGUGUAUAUAACGUUUUCAUUUGACUUGUGUAUAUCGACUUUCUGAAUAGCAUUUGACUAAAAUCAAAUAUACAUCUAUGUUUGCACGUUGGUAAAUAAAUCAAAAAUAUGAUCAUUAGUAUCUUUCCAUUUGGGGUCAAAUAUCCAAUUAAUAUAUACAAAUUACUAUAUAUCUCUGUAACUAUUACAUAAUAAUUCCCUGAACUUUCAGUUUUUUUUUUGCUAACCAACUUUCAGUUCUUUGACGCCUACAAACUUUACUAUCUCAAAAUCCAGGCGCAGGUUCGGUGAUUAAAGUGCUGCCACGGUAAUUUCCGUCGAAGAACAAAAUAAGCAGAUGAAUAUAAAACUUGAUUGUAAAAACUAUCUCAAACAAAAACUAUUGAGUUUUUAAGGUUUUUCUUUAUGUUUGGGUACGAAUGAAGUGGAUUAUACAUCAAUCAAGGAAGAUGAUAUAUAAAACAAUUGAUCCUCAGUGGAAAUACAUCGGAUCUUGCAAAAGAGAAAACAAAAGUCUGCAUUACGUUUAUUUUUAUUAUUUUAUAACCUCUCGUUUUGCUAGUACCUGUUAACGAAAGAAAGAAAAGUUAUAAACAUGACAAAACAUCUAAUCUAUAACGUAUUACGUUUAGACAAAAGUCUAAGCUAAAAACAAUUAAACUUACAUGAAAAAUCUGGCAGAGAAAACAUUGUAACACCGUAUGCAGUGUUCAGUUUCCAACUUUUUCUUUCUUUUCAGAAUAUACAUGUAACUUUAUAGAAAAUUUUCUGAAGUGAAUAUACUUAUUAUGUGAAACCAUUUACUGUAUUUCAUAAAAUUCGAUUAGUUUGAUGUAAAAAAUAUACACUUAUAUUUAGUAGAAAAAGAUCAAAAAAAGUCUAGAGAUGUCGGGUAUGAGAAAAAAAAUUUCACAAACCAAAAGUGUUGAUAUCUAAGUUAUGUCUCUUAUCUCAGGUGUCUGCACCUGUCCAUGCUAACCGACCAUCCUAUUCCUAUGCUAUUCCCAAAAAUGAAAAUAAAAAACUUUUGGUGUGGAUGGCACUCAGUCUCACACUCAUAGAUUUACAAUCAAAUCUACAUAAACCAUAAUUAAAAAAAGUACAAUCUGAUAAAUGACAGAAGGUCAAAUAUAAAAUUAAAUAACCGUACUCUUAAAUCUCCAACACUAUUAUCAUAUUAUAAAACUAACGUUUCACAUGUGUAUAAGUAAAGCUAAAGUGAGAGUGUGAACCAACACUCGCCCAAAGAACACUUCUUUUCCUCUGUUCCUCUAUCCUUUUUUUUUUCACAGAGUCUUCCUUUCAACUCUGUUUUUUUUUUCCUUUCUUCUUGGAAAUGGGGAAUUGUCAGACGAUAAACGCCGCGGCGCUGGUUCUACAGCAUCCCGGCGGCAAAAUCGACAGGUACUAUAGCUCCAUCUCCGUCAGCGAGAUCAUGAGUAUGUACCCUGGCCACUACGUGUGUCUCAUCAUUCCAUUGACGGAGGAGGAAGAGAAGAAUAUUCCGGCGACUGUGAAGAGAGACGAGAAGAAACACAAGAAGGGUGUGAGGUUUACGCGUGUCCAGCUUCUCAGGCCGACGGAGAGUCUCGCGCUUGGUCACGCUUACCGUCUCAUUACUUCCCAGGAAGUGAUGAAGGUCUUAAGGGAGAAGAAAUGUGCGAAGACGAAGAAGCACCACGCUGAUGCGAUGAUUACGGUGAAGAAGUUGUUGGAGAAGAAUGUUCCGGAGAAGAAACAAGGGAAGCAGCAUCGUGUGCUAACGAGUUCAGCUUCGUUCUUAAAGUCCAAAGCAUGGAAGCCCUCUCUUCAGAGCAUCUCCGAAGCUACGAGCUGAAUAAUCCGAAACUGUUCUGAAUAAAUUUUGGAUCUGUUUCCUUUUUUUUUGUUUUCUGGUUAUAACAGAGGAUGAAGUCUACGGAUCAAGAUAUGAAGAAAUAAGUAGUGGAUAGCUAGCUUCCUAUACAAAGAAGGGCUCAACAAAGCUUCUUUCUUCUUUUUUUCUCUAUCUACGAUGUACAUAUUUUCGCAGAUGGAGAGAUCAAUCGAAGUUUGUAAGACUCAGAACCAAACGUGUGGUUUUUGUUGAUGUAAACUCGAUUUCAGAAGAAACAAAGCUUGUAAGCCUAUGAACAAAUAAAUAACAUAUCUUUUACUA